AUGGACCUCAACAAGCUGACCGUCAAAGAGCUUUUGGAGCGACUCACAGCUACCGGUAUAGACAAGCCGACUCUUAAAGAGGGAGUCAUUGCUUUCGUCGAAAAUCAAUCACGCCUUGCACGUCGGAGGGAUCAAGCUAGGGAAUUAGCUGGUAUUGAACAGAAAUUGAAUGAGACAAAUGAAGGGCCUGAAUUGGAAUCUCUCCUCCAGCGCACGACCAAAGCUAUCCUCUCUGGAUUUGACUUCUCGCUCCCAAAACUUCCAAAGGGUCUAGAAGUUAAAAUGAACGUUAACAUGCAACUUUGGCACACGCGUACUGAGGUUGUGAAUACGGAUAAUCAAGAUGAUGAAACCGGCCUACAGACUCCAGGUUCUCAGAGUGGAGAUGAAAUGACAAUGACCAACAUUUCGAUGGGACCGGCAUUGGAAGUUGUACACGGUGCCGAAGACGAAGAAGAAUUAGAUGAAAAUGGCAUUCCCAUCAUUCAAUCCCCACGUCGAGAAACUCAACUGAGCACUAAUGUCGCCAAUUCCCGAAAACGCAAACUCGCAAGCCCCGCACAACAAAUCACUUCUACCUUGAUCUCAAAGUCCGAGAUGGAAGCAGGCCGUAACUCCAACAGACAAGCUCAGGAAAAUGAACAGACUCUCGAACCCUUUCCUUCUAAUUCUAAGCCUGCAAUGCUCGGACAAUCGAAUAAGAAACAAAAGCGUGUUUCUGGAAGGUUCGCCUGA